AUGACUCCAGUGCCAAAUUCCUUCCCCUCCCCCCUCCCCCCCCUACCGGUGGGAAGCCAUCUCCCAGGCGGCCAUGGCUUCGACCCAGCAGUUCCCCCCAACACAACAGAAGGCUUUCACCUGAACCACCUCAUGCUCCGAAUCCGUGACCCCAGCGAAUCCCUUCACUUUUACAUCGACCUAAUGGGUCUCCGCACAGUGUUCGCCAUGAACACCGGCCCUUGCUCAAUCUAUUAUCUGGGCCAUCCCCAAACCGACGCCGAGCGCGCAGAUCCCAAACUAUAUGCUCAAAACACAGUCUCGAAUGAAGUCUUAACCACGACGAAGGGAUUGAUAGAGUUGGUGCAUAUCCAUGGAACGGAGAAAUUGUCCAAGGAGGAGUAUAAAUUGCAGAAUGGAAAUGUAGCCCCAUUCCUAGGGUUUGGGCAUGUUGGGUUUACGGUGCCGGAUGUUCCUACUGCGCUCAAGAGACUCACAGAGAAUGGAGUGAAGGUGCUCAAGGAUGUGGGUGUUGCGGAGAGGGAGCAUGUACCUAUUACAGAGUGGGAGAGUGAGAAGUUUGGUGUUGGGAUUGGGGAGCUGCAUGCGGGAUAUAAGCAUGUGCUUUCGCAGAUUGGGUUUGUUGAAGAUCCGAACGGAUACUGGAUAGAGCUUGUGCCGCAGAACAUGAAGUGA